GCUUCUGCUCAAAGCUGCCAGGAUGUGUGGCAGGUUCCUGAGGUGGCUGGUGGCUGAGGAGAGCCGGCACUCCACCCACGUGGGGCGCCUCCUGCUUCCCGUGCUCCUGGGAUUCCGCCUUGUGCUGCUGGCUGCCAGUGGGACAGGGGUCUAUGGUGAUGAGCAGAGUGAAUUCGUGUGUCACACCCAGCAGCCAGGCUGCAAGGCCGCCUGCUACGAUGCCUUCCACCCUCUCUCUCCACUGCGCUUCUGGGCCUUCCAAGUCAUCUUGGUGGCCGUGCCCAGCAUCCUCUACGUGGGUUUCACGCUGUAUCAUGUGAUCUGGCACUGGGAAGAAUCAGAAAAGGUGAAGAAAGAAGAGGAGACCCUGGUCUGCCAAAGGGAGGACAGCAGAGAUGCCUCAGGAUCUGGAAGCCCCAGGCUGUUCUGGGCCUAUGUGGCACAGCUGGGGGUGCGACUGGUCCUCGAGGGGGCAGCCCUGGGGGGGCAGUACCAUCUGUAUGGGUUCAAGAUGCCCAGCUCCUUUGCAUGUCGUCGAGAGCCUUGCCUUGGUAGCAUAACCUGUACUGUGUCUCGCCCCUCUGAGAAGACCAUCUUCCUAAAGACCAUGUUUGGGGUCACUGGGCUCUGUCUCUUGUUUACUCUCUUGGAGCUUGUGCUCCUGGGCCUAGGGAGAUGGUGGAGGACCCGGAAGCAUAAAUCUCCCUCUUCUAAUUACUUCCCAACUUCAGAGAGUACCAGAAGACACAAGGAACCAACUGAUAAAUUCCUGGUGGUGGAAACAAAAGAGCAGUUCCGAGAAGCAGAGUUAUGAAGACACCUGGCUUACCUCUGAAGGAAACCCUAUGAUUGGAUCUUCUUCCAAACAUCCUAUGAGUGGGGUUUUGCCUCCAUGACAAAUUAGAGGCUGUUGAAGCAUCUCUAAGGGCCAUGACAGGCCAUGCUAUCUAAAGCAUUUCCUUGAAGAAUGCUUGCUUGUGCCUUCUCAUCAGAAUUCUCUGGUGUCAGCAUAACAAUUUUCAUGGGCUUGAUUUCAG